CUUGCAAAGAAUCCAACAUUAAAUGUCAACGUGUUUUGCCAAAAACAAAAGAGGAAUUUGCUGUAUUGGAAAAACUUGGACUUACAUACGUUUCAGGUCAAUAUGAAUCUACCGACUCAGGAAAAUUGCAUGAACAGGCAUAUUUCCAAUUCGAUAAACGCCAAACUAUAAAAAAAAAACGCACUCUUGCUCGUUGGAAAGCUUCAGAAUUAUCAAAUGCUGAAAAUGGAUUUUGGGCAUUUGGGAAUUAUCGAUACUUAUCGAAUGCCAAUGAAUUUACCAAUAAAGAUGAUAUCAAUGAAAAACGAUUGGAAGAUAUGAAUCGAAUUGAUCAUAUUGUUGAGAAUAAUUUAACGGUCGAAGAUAUAUUAAAGAACAAAAAGGAUUUAUUACUGAGAUCAUGGCUUAGAAGCUUGAAAGAUUUAGAGUAUUUGAUAAUGAAGGAAAAGGAAAACGUUACUCUUGAACAGAUUACAUAUAUGAUUGGAGAACAUAAUACAAUCGAAGAACAUAAUGGAAUACGAUACUACAACCAUAAUUUUAAUUCACAAGUGGAUAAAUUUGAAUUAACAGACCAUAGAAAAGAAAAUAAUUUAGACGUAGAUACAAUUUUAUAUCCCGAAGUAAGAAGAAAAUUAGAAAAUAGAUUACAUACAACUAAAAGAAAAAAAGUACAAUUCAAAGGUUAUAAUAUCGAGAAUAAACUUGAAUAUAUAAUUCAAGAUUUGGAUAAUGAUGAAAAAUACGAUUCGGAUAGAUCUAUGUCCUCAUUGUCUUCUAAUGAUUCUGAGACAACGAGACGUAGAAAAAAAGGAAAAGCUAUUCUUAAAGAACAUUAA